UGUAUAACCCCACCUUUAUAGCGUAACUACCUAAGGUACCUAAUCCAGGUGCACCUCAGGUGCAGCCGGGCCACUUGUGAUUUCGGUGGUACAAUUUCUCCUUUUCCGACCUGUCCUGCGAAAAAAAGUCGAGGUACCUAGCCCGCAUUUACAUCUGAAGCUCUCGCUAGACCCGCCAUAAGGUAGCAGAGUUACAAGACAUCUCAAGCUCUGCGGAAAACCAUACCACCAUACCGCAAUACAGCAGUAACCCCCGAUAAAAACACUAAAACACCCAAAGUUACUCUAUCUGCAGCGGUGAAGAUGUCGUCUUUUAGUCCCACCCAGAUCUUCGAGGAGGGUACAACUGAAGAGAAGGGAGAAAAUGCUCGUUUGGCCGCCUUCGUCGGCGCCAUCGCCGUCGGUGAUCUAGUCAAGAGCACCCUAGGUCCAAAGGGAAUGGACAAGAUAUUACAAUCAGCAUCCACGGCCGAAAUCAUGGUCACCAACGACGGCGCCACGAUCCUAAAAUCCAUAGCACUCGAUAACGCGGCAGCAAAGGUUCUCGUCAAUAUAUCAAAAGUUCAAGACGACGAAGUUGGUGAUGGUACAACCUCGGUAGCCGUAUUGGCGGCUGAGCUUCUACGCGAAGCUGAGAAGCUCGUUGACAAGAAGAUCCACCCCCAGACGAUCAUCGAAGGAUACCGGAUAGCAAGUCAGGCGGCUCUACAAGCGUUAGAGGGCUCGGCAGUGGACCAUAGCAAAGAUCCCGAGGCGUUCAAGAAAGACCUACUAGCUAUUGCACGAACAACCCUCAGUUCCAAGGUGCUUGCACAGGAUCGGGAUCUUUUCUCCAAGCUAGCUGUUGACGCUGUAUUGCGGCUGAAGGGCUCUUCGGAUCUUAGCCACAUACAGAUCAUAAAGAAGGCCGGAGGAAAACUGAGCGACUCGUACCUAGACGAAGGGUUCAUUCUUGACAAGAAGAUCGGAGUGAACCAACCCAAGAGACUAGAGAAUGCCAAGAUACUGGUUGCCAAUACAUCUAUGGAUACAGACAAGGUUAAGAUAUUCGGCGCGCGGAUGAAGGUCAGCUCAACCGGCAAGCUAGCCGAGCUCGAGAAGGCCGAAAAGGACAAAAUGAAGGCCAAGGUGGAUAGGAUCAAGGCGCAUGGUAUCAACUGCUUCAUCAACAGACAGUUGAUCUACAAUUGGCCGGAGCAGCUCUUUACCGAUGCUGGCAUCAUGUCUAUCGAGCACGCCGACUUCGACGGCAUCGAACGCUUAGCUUUAGUCACCGGUGGUGAGAUCGCAUCAACAUUCGACCACCCGGAACAGAUCAAACUAGGCCACUGCGAUUUAAUCGAGGAGAUCAUUAUUGGAGAAGACACCCUUAUAAAGUUCUCUGGUGUUGCUGCAGGCCAAGCAUGCACCAUCGUACUUCGAGGUGCUACAGAACAGUUGCUAGAUGAGGCAGAGCGUUCACUACAUGAUGCUCUGGCCGUUCUGUCCCAGACUGUCAGGGAGCCGAGAACCACACUGGGUGGUGGAUGCGCCGAGAUGCUCAUGGCUAAAGCGGUGGAAGGUGCAGCGACCCGGGUUGAGGGUAAGAAGCAGAUGGCAGUGUCUUCAUUCGCCACGGCUUUACGGCAACUCCCCACGAUUCUCGCCGACAACGCAGGAUUAGACUCAAGCGACCUCGUCGCAAGAUUACGAAAAGCCAUAUACGACGGCAUGUCGACAUACGGUCUAGAUCUAAUGACCCCCGGUGGCGGAAUAGCGGACAUGCGAGAUCUCGGGGUGAUCGAGAGUUACAAGUUAAAGAAAGCGGUUGUGUCGUCGGCAAGUGAAGCCGCAGAGCUACUUCUCAGAGUGGACGAUAUAAUCCGUGCGGCGCCACGGAGGAGAGAAAGGCAUUGAAUGGAGGAUAGCCCACGCAUAUAAGGAUGUAAAAGUAUCAUAGACUAUGCUGUAGACUAUGCAAAUACACAUCGUAAUGAGAUACAGCUGUGGUGCUCCAUGUUAACCCCCUACAAUUC